CAACAUGGCGGCAGCAGAACUGUGCGCUGCGCCGCUCGCGGAUUCAGACCGUCAAACCGAGAAUAAAGUCUUUAAAGCGGAUCCUGUCCCCGAGUUUAACACUGUCACAAACACUAGUAUAGGUAGUGCCCGAAGUAAAGAUUCUGAAGAGGAGCAGCUGAAGCAUGUUCUGACAGAAUCUCAUUGUCACCUGUGUGACGCUGUCCUGGUACACACUUCCCAAAGGACCGCACACUACCAGGGUAAGAAACAUGCUAUGAAGCUGAGGACAUACCUACAAAUGCUCCGAGGACAUAGGACGGAGGGUGUUUCUAUGCGCUCAUUGCCGAGCGACAGGGACCAGUUUUGCUCUCUCUGUAACAUGGUGUUCAGUUCUGCAGUUGUGGCUAAAUCUCACUACAAUGGAAAAGUCCACAGCAAAAACCUACGGAAACACGGCCUCCCUGCCAACGCCGUUUUUCCUUCAAACCCAACAUCUGCCCAACUGUUAAACUCAGCGUGGGCCUCCUCUGCACCGUCUGCUCCUCUGGACACCUGCAAAACCUCUCUACCUGCUGCACCUUCCUGUGUACCUUCCUCUGUACCCUCCUCUGAACUCUUGCCUGCACCCUCAUCCUCUGCUCUCUCCUCUACAUCUUCCUCUGCACCUUCUUCUAUACCCUCCUCUAUACACCAGAUACCCUCUAAUCCUUCCGAAGGCUAUGUUUUCUCUGCUUCCUGUGCAACUACUCUGGCUAAAGCUCCAUCCUUUGCACCUAUGAAUACCUCUGCAUCUUCUAUAUCCUCCACCACAGCUUCACCUGCUCCUGGGUCAUCCUCUGCCCCUCUGUCCUCCUUUGCUUCUCUGUCCUCCUCCUCCCUCUCCUCCUCUGCACCUCCAGAGCCUGACACAAACCGGUUCUGCUCUCUGUGCCGUACCUCCUUCACUCACAGACAGAUGGCGCUGCAGCAUUAUGGUGGAAAGAAGCACCAGCGAAACCAAAGCCGACAGGAAGUGCUGCAGAGCAUGGAGGUCGAGGGGGGCAAAGCCGACAGCCUCCAUUGUGCCCUCUGCUGUCUGCACUUCAGCUCAGUGGAGAUGUACCAGGCGCACAUGGGCGGAGCCAAGCACAUCAACAAGGAGCACAAGGUUGUGGAGAUGUGUCGCUCUCAACAGAAAGUCUACAGCUCCUUUAAUGACGAACUACAGGACUAUAUCAAAGUGCAACAGGUCAGAGGGCUGCAUCCAAAACCUGCUCUCAAGGAAACAAACAAUGAGGCAAACAAAGACUCUAACCAGGACACUUACAACAAAGUAUGUAAGGAUCCUUCAGACAAACUACAGGACUAUAGCUGGGUACAGCAGGCCCGAAGGAUGCAUCCUAAACCUGCUCUCAAGGAAAGAAACAAAGAGACUUAUGAGGACACAGAGGAGGACACAUACUUUUACUGUCCUCCUCCCUCGUUGAACUACCCCGUGCAUCUUGCGUGGGGCACUCCGGGCCGGGACUACACUCCUCAGGCUGAUCCUCGCUUUGGGAGGAGAAAGAGGAAGUAUAGGAAGAAGGCGAGCUCAGAAUCGAUUAGUGAGAGUUCUGUGUCUAGUGACAGUUCAAGUGAAGGAGAGAGAGAGAAGAGGAGGGUGAAGGAGAGGAGAAAAGGAGACAAGGAGAGGAAAGAAGGAGGAGAGGAGAUGAAACAUGGAUGCAAGGAGACGAGAGAAGGAAGUGAGGACACAAAGGAAGGAUGCGAGGAGAGAAGGAAAGGAGUUGAGGAGAUGAACCAAGAGCGCGAGAAGAGGAGGCAUAGGAAGAGAAGGAGAGACGGAGACAGUGGGAGUAAAAGACAUAAAAACCAAGAGGCAGCAGGAUUAGAGGAGGAGAGGAGAGAGGAGGAUGCAGAGAAUAGCAGUGACCAGGGGGCGCUACAGCAAGCCAGACAGCAGGACUCAGAGAAGCAGAGGUCAAAGAGAGAGAAGAGGAAGAAGGAGGAGGACGUGAGGACAGAAGAAGAGAGACUCUGGGACGACUCCAUUUUGGGAUGUUAGAACCAAAAGGAGUUUGUCAGCUAGCUGCCACAUUCCAAGCAGAAAGAAAGCAUGGGCGUGAUUCACCUCCUUUGACUUUGGCUCCAGUUCACUUUCUAUUGAAAAAGCAUGG